AUGACCGUCAACAUGGCACCCACCCACACCCCUCGGUUCUGGCUCAUCACAUCACCUCGCACGGCUUCCAACCUCUUGGUGAAGAUCCUGAACCUGGAUGCACAGAACGUCCGCCCAGCCGAAAACGGCGGGUACUUCUUCCUGCAAGCCGCGGUGAAACGGUUUAGUUUCCACGAUACACCGCUGAACACCUGGAAGAAAGAGGACCGAGACGCCGUGUACGCUGUGCAGCAAGAAGCCUUCGACAAGCUGCAAGAGUACCUCGCGGCAGCUGAGCAAGAAGGACAACGCGUGUUCGUCAAGGAGCACGCCUUCGUGAUGAACGAUGCCCAUUAUGAGUCCGAGCACAUCUACGGCCCCGAAGGCGUCACGGGCCAGCCAGGCACCCUCGUCGCGCAGGGCAUCGAGCACCCGACGCGCUCGGCGCUCAAUCUCACAGCCCUGCCGGACGAGUUCCUCAAGACCUGGCGCCCGACCUUCCUGAUCCGCCACCCGGCCAUGAUGCUGCCCUCUCUCUACCGCACCUGCAUCAAGGAUGAUGUAAACGGCUUUGUAAUUGACGGCCGCCCGGCACGCCCUAGCAAGGAACCCAUCAAACCCGAGGUGACCAUGAAGUGGAUCAUGGCGCUGUACAACUUUUACACGGCCCACUUCGGCGAAAACAGCGACUGGCCCAUCGUGCUCGACGCCGACGACAUUAUGCUGAACCCCCAGAUUGUCACCAAGUACGCCUCGCUCGUCGGCUUCGAGCUGGACAAGCUGCGCUUCGAGUGGGAAAAGGCCACCGAGGAGAAGCUGCAGAGCAUGACGCCGGCGGGUCGCAUCAUGCUGAGCUCCCUCAACAGCAGCUGCGGGGUCGACAAGGGCAAGGUUGCGGGUGCUGUUGAUAUCGAUGCCGAGGCUGCAAAGUGGAGGGUGGAGUUUGGCGAGGAGGGCGGCAGGAAUCUUGAGCAAUGGGUCAGGGAGGCGAUGCCGGAUUACCUCUACUUGCAUGCGAAGAGGCUGAGGCUUUAG